UUUACGGUAACGGGAGGAGUUGAACUCUCACACCGGGAAGUUCGUGCACACAUGUGGACGAGUGUGUGUGUGUGUGUGUGUGUGUGUGUGUGUGUGUGUUUAACACAUGUAACAGCUAAACAGGCGUCAUGUCAUCAAAGAAAAACAAGGCGAAGAGGAGAGUAAGUGAAGGAGAAAAAUCCGCUUUACUGUGCGAUGAAGCAGAUUCAUGUGCAGCGAGCGGCGGCUUCACGGUCUCUGACUUCAUAGAGAGAGCUGAAGAUCAGACCCCACAGCGAUGGCGUUCAUAUCUGGCUCAGAUGAGUGUGAACACUAUGAAGGGUGUGAAUGUCUGUAUUGGACAGCCGGUUCUGAUCACCAGCAGCGCCAGGCGUCAGGAGGUGUGUGUGGCGUGGCCCACGUGUCAGUUUCCCUUCAGGCGGGUCGGUCUUCAGUCCAGCGUUCAGUUAAAUCUGAGAGUCAAACCUGGAGGUCAUGUGACGCUGGAGCCCAUCACUGGAGCUCUUCUGCCGGCCGAGCACAUCCAUCUGUCCCUCACGCCAGAGGACAAAGUGAUCAAUACAGAAGAAUUCAGGAAGUAUCUUCUUCACAUGCUGGACAGUCGGGUUCUUCUCCCGGGUAGCAGUUUGUCUGUGUGGUAUUUUGGACGUGGUUGUGUGAUGGGGGUGGAGUCAGUGCAGGGUGUAGAUGGAGUGACAGUAGAAUCUGUCAGCAGCGUUCACCAGACCUCUGUGUCAGACAGAAGCACUCUGGAUCUGUCAUCGCAUCUAGAGCAACUGUCAAUCAACCAGAACCAGUUUCAACCAUCAGCCAGUACGCCCAACAGACCGCAGAACUCUUCACCUCUGACCCCUCUGUCCCCCUCCACGCCCUGUGAACUCAUCCAGCCGGGUCCACGAGAGUCGUCGUUCAGUCCUGUGCUGAUAGCGGCUGACACCCCGGGUCAGUCUGCAGCGGUGAGUCUGUCUCCAUCUGCCGGUCGCUCCGGGACUGACACCUUUUACAACGUCUGCAGCUCCACCAAACUAAGCAUCUCUGACUCCUGCGGCCCGGAUGAGAGCUCGGAGGGGCAGGAGAGGUCAAAGGUCACUUACAGUAUGAUUGGCGGGCUGAGCAAUCAACUUGAGGUGAUCAGAGAGACCAUCCAACUGCCUCUUAAACACCCGGAACUUUUCAAAAGCUACGGAAUCCCGCCCCCUAGAGGAGUGCUACUGUAUGGCCCACCCGGCACAGGAAAGACCAUGAUUGGACGCGCGGUAGCCAAUGAAGUGGGAGCACACAUGACCGUGAUCAACGGCCCUGAGAUCAUGAGCAAGUUUUAUGGGGAAACGGAAGCCAGACUGAGGCAGAUAUUCACUGAAGCGUCACAGAGGCAGCCGGCGAUCAUCUUCAUCGAUGAGUUAGACGCUCUGUGUCCGAAGAGAGAAGGUGCUCAGAAUGAAGUGGAGAAACGGCUAGUGGCCACACUGCUGACUCUGAUGGACGGCAUCGGCUCCGGUCACAGCGGUCAGCUGCUGGUGUUGGGGGCGACGAACCGCCCUCACGCGCUGGAUCCCGCCCUGCGACGCCCCGGACGCUUUGAUAAAGAGCUGGAGAUCGGUGUUCCUGACGCGGCCGGCCGGAUGGAGAUCUUCCAGAAACAGCUGAGCUCUAUGCCCUGUGACAUCUCCUGCGGUGAGCUGCAGGAACUCGCCGACGCGGCACACGGAUACGUUGGGGCGGAUCUGGCUGCCGUCUGCAAAGAAGCCGGUCUACAUGCACUAAGGAGGGCUUUAGGAUCCACACCUGUUCUCUCUGAUGUCCAGGUGAUAAACAGAGUAAAGGUCACGACCUUUGACCUCAGGCUGGCCAUGACACAGGUCAAACCGAGUGCAAUGAGAGAGGUCGCCAUCGAUGUGCCAAAGGUUCAGUGGAGUGAUAUUGGUGGGAUGGAGGAAGUGAAAUUGAAACUGAAGCAGGCUGUUGAGUGGCCGCUGAAACACCCCGAUGCUUUCUCCAGGUUGGGUAUAGCGCCCCCUAAAGGUGUUCUGCUGUAUGGACCACCCGGCUGCUCUAAAACCAUGAUCGCUAAAGCUUUAGCCAAUGAGAGCCAGCUCAAUUUCCUCUCCAUCAAGGGUCCAGAGUUACUGAGUAAAUAUGUCGGUGAAUCAGAGCGAUCCGUCAGAGAGGUUUUCCGGAAGGCCAGAGCGGUCGCUCCAUCUAUCGUUUUCUUUGAUGAGAUUGAUGCAUUAGCUGUGUCAAGAGGAAGUUCUCACGCGGGUGGUGUUGGUGAUCGUGUGAUGGCUCAGCUGCUCAUUGAGAUGGACGGAAUUGAACAGCUUAAAAACGUCACAAUUCUCGCUGCAACCAACAGACCUGAUGUGAUUGACAAGGCGCUGAUGCGACCGGGUCGCCUCGACCGCAUUAUAUUUGUUCCUCUGCCUGACGCUGCCACUCGAAGAGAAAUUUUCACGCUGCAGUUUCGAAACAUGCCCAUCCAUCCCAGCGUGCACCUGGAGGAGCUGGUGAACCGAACAGAGCGUUACUCUGGGGCAGAGAUAACAGCCGUGUGCAGAGAAGCGGCUCUGGCAGCGUUGCAGGAGAACAUCCGCGCAGAACACGUGAGCGUCCGACACUUCCACGCUGCUCUUGACGCAGUCAAACCCAGAAUCCCCGAGUCUCUCUUACAAUCCUACAUCACAUAUCAGCAGGAACACAGAGGAGUGUAAACACGCGUUGAUAUCAGCACUGCUGCUCAUCUGCUUGCUUCAUGUGUGGAAACAAAAACAACUUAUUGUCCCGUUUUGGGACACGAGGGAUGUUUCUAUGUGUAUAAACGCUGUUGAAAUGAAGUAAAUCAUGUUUUUAAAAGAGCUGAAAGUUUGGGGUCAAUCUAUAGUGCUAUAUUGUCGUGUGUGUGUGGUCAUUGAACAUGUUACACAGUCAUAAAUGUUUUGGUAUACUACGAGUUUUUAAUGGAUGUGCUUCAUUGGUCUAUAACUGACCCUUUAAAAACAUGUAUACAGAUCAUCAGUACACUUAAAUGUGUACACAUUUCUGCGUCACUGUUUAAUCUUAUAUGUAAGAAAAUGUUUCUUUUUCUUUAUUUAAAGAAUCCAAAAUUUCUUAUGCUCUUAUAUAUAUCAGUAAAAAUGUAAACAUCAAAUGGAUUGCGGCGCGGGCGGCUCGUUUCCAUCUGAAUGUAAGAAAUGACUCCGUGUUGAACUUUCUUUUCUCAUGUAUCCGGAUACAGCACAUCCGCCACACACGCACACGCACACACACACAGUGAGGGUGGGGGGAACUCUUAAGGUCGCGCGCGCUCGUGCGUUUCUGUAUGUUUGAGUCGAUGUGUAGACAUGUUUUCGUUUAGAUUAACAAGUGCCAACAAACCAAGUCAGAAAUAGUAACAGAAAUCAUCCCAUAAAGAUUCAUUUUCAUCACCAGACUUCAAAUAUCUACAGUGCGCACUAUUAAACUUAUAAACUGUAAUAUAAAGUUUAAAACGUCAAUGUAAAGUUAAUCUCUGUAUUGAUGUGAACUAUAUUAUUACAUGAUGACAAAUGCAGCAUAAAACUUCGUCCACAGCA